AUGUUAGGAUGCAAACCUGCAACUACACCGAUCGACCAGAAGUUUAAGCUGGGUGCUGAAGCUGGAGAACCAGUUGAUCGUGACAGAUACCAAAGGCUGGUGGGUAGGUUGAUCUAUCUGUGUCACACACGUCCCGAUAUCUCUUUUGCAGUAAGCGUGGUGAGUCGUUACAUGCAUGAUCCAAGGAAAGGUCAUAUGGACGCAGUGUACCAGAUUCUAAGGUAUUUGAAGAAUGCCCCCGGAAAAGGGCUAAUAUUCAGGAAGAAUGAACACAUGAGCAUUGAGGGCUAUUGUGACUCUGAUUGGGCUAGCUGUGCUGAUGACAGGAGGUCCACCUCAGGAUAUUGUAUCUUUAUAGGAGUUCCACCUCAUAGCACAAAUCAUGAUCAGACACGACGUGCUGACUUCCCCGCAUUAGAGGAUUACCUUUCGUUCUAA